CUUUAAGCAAAAAAAGAUAGCUAUUAUUCUACCUCUAUUAUAGUUUUAGGGUGAAGCAGGAAGACCCUUCCCUUCAUUUGUGGGUAAGGCCAGGAUGAAGCAGAGUGGUGAAAAACUUUGUCUAAAAUAAAAUUGGAUGUGAGGAAGCUUCCAGAGGCCCAAAAGAUUCAAGAAACACAGACCUGAGUAAAAUUUUUCUAAACAUUUUAAUGUUUCUGGAGUCAUAUAUCUUUCUCACAUUUCUGACUCACCUCCUCUAUACUGUAACGAUCAGAAGGUUAAAGCAACAAAGGAAAGGGUUCUGACUGUUUGUUUUUCAAGGAGAGGGAUGGGAGAGCUUCAGAUCAUUACCCCACUCUAUAGCCAGGACUAGGGGAGAAGAGCCCCCAAGCAAUGCAUUAUGUGAUUGUAGCUCCUGAAAGACAAGAAAACAGGUGGCCUUGCUGGGGCUGAUAGAAUAAAAUGAGACCCUGGUGGUCUUGAAAAAAGAUUUGGGCCUGAGAAACAGAAAAUUCCAUGAAGGUUUCCCUCCUCUCCCUAAAUUUGGCCUUACUCUGACUAGACCUCAGUGUUUGAACUUCUAUUAGUCCCAAAUAGUAUCCAAAUAAACACCAGCUGCUAGCAACUGAAUGGUCAUUGUACCUGAAUGUGCAUCCUAAGCUGGGCCACUAGUCAGUUCAUUUCUCUUUCUGCAGCUGAAGGAGAAUGCAGAACUUUCCCUGGGACAACCACAGCUCUGUGUCUGAAUUCAUCCUUCUGGGCUUCUCCAGGGAUUCCCAAAUUAAUACAAUCCUCUUCAACAUCUUCCUCUUUCUCUACCUCUCUACACUUGUGGGCAAUGGACUCAUUGUCACCUUGAUUCACUUGGACUCCCGCCUCCACACACCCAUGUACUUCUUCCUCAGUGUCCUCUCCAUUCUGGACAUGAGCUAUGUCACCACUACUGUGCCCCAGAUGUUGGUGCAUCUCAUCUGCCAGAAGAAAACUAUCUCCUAUGUUGGGUGUGUGGCCCAGAUGUACAUCUUUCUGGUGUUGGGCAUCACCGAGGGCUGGCUGUUCUCUGUUAUGGCCUAUGAUAGAUAUGUGGCCAUCUGUUAUCCACUCAGAUACAAGGUUAUCAUGACCCCAUGGCUGUGUGGGGCAAUGGCCAUCUUUUGUGGACUGUGGGGUAUCAGCUGUUCCCUAGUCUACACUGUCUUCACAAUGCGCCUGCCCUACUGUGGCCCCAAUGAGAUCAAUCACUUCUUCUGUGAGGUCCCUGCUGUUCUGAAGCUGGCCUGUGCAGACACAUCCCUAAAUGACCAAGUAGAUUUUAUCCUGGGCUUCAUCCUUCUCCUGGUACCCCUCUCCUUCAUUCUGGCCUCUUAUGUCCGCAUCUUUGCCACAAUCUUGAAGAUCCGCUCAGCUCAGAGUCGACUCAAGGCCUUCUCCACCUGUGCCUCCCACAUCACUGUGGUCACCAUGUUCUGUGGACCUGCCAUGUUUAUGUACAUGAACCCCGGGGCCAAUGCCUCCCCAGAGCGGGACAAGAAACUGGCUCUGUUCUACAAUAUUAUCUCUGCCUUUCUCAAUCCCAUCAUCUAUAGCCUUAGAAACAAAGAUGUGAAGAGGGCUUUCCUCAAGUUAACAGGUUCAAGCAAGGCCUCUGAGUGAGGCCAUUGGAGCACAGAAGGCUACAACCAGACCUGAAACCACAUGUUCCACCCUAUUCCCUCCCAUCACCCUAUGGAUAGGCAUGAAUCACUGACUGAGAGUUAUGGGAGAUAAUAUGUAAGGUUGGUGCCU